UAGAAAUUGAAAUUCCAGUUACAUUUGCAUGAAAAAAAAACGUGAGCAAUGUUUCUUUUUGGGACCUUUAGUUUCAAUUUCAACUAUAAAAUGAAAUCUUUGUUCCUGUAGUAACCAGUCUGCAUGAAACUCCACAAGCACAAAACAAAAUGUCAGAAAUCAACAAAAAACUCAUACCAUUAUCCACAGCCGCCGCCACAUUGCUCCUCUUCUUCGCGUUCGUCGGAAUAUCCCCCGGAAUAUUCGCCGGAACCUUCGGAAACGGCGGGGAAAAAACCGAUAUCGGUGUCCCAAGCCGUGUUGAGGGCCAUGUGUAAUUCGACACCGGACCCGGAUCUCUGCUUCUCCGUCGUCUCUUCAGCCUCCUCCGGCGGCUAUAAGCUGACGUCGCAGAAGGACGUUAUCGCUGCGAUUCUGAACGCGGCAGUCGCGGCCGCCAGACGCAGUUACGUGGACGUGGAGAGCGUUAUUAUGGCGAGGUCAGAUAUUCCGGCGAAGACAGAGGUUGCGGUUAAUGUCUGUCUGGAGACAAUCGAGUUAGGGUUAGAGGAUCUCCGUGACGCGGCGGAGGCUUUCCGGUUGUACCCUACGAAGGAAAAUCUCCAGCGACAGGCUCACGAUCUCAAUAUACUAAUAAGCUCAGCCAUGACUUAUCAAGAGACUUGUCUUGACGGUUUCUCCGGUGACCCCUUCGAUAAGUUGGUUCGCGAAAUCUUCUCGGACAGUUUGAUUAAAGUAGAGCGCUUGUCAAGCAUCAUACUCCACAUGAUCAAGAGCAUGACGGAAACCGACAUAGCCAACUUCGAGCCAAAGUCCAGAACCUCCACCACUCCCGAUCUGAUCAAAGAGGUGACGGAGACAGCCGCCGAGGUGGUCGGAGACGGGUGGCCGUGGUGGCUGUCGGAAAAGGACAGGCGGUUUCUCGAGUCUUCAGAAAUAAAACCCGACGCGGUGGUUGCGGCCGACGGGAGCGGGGAUUUCACGAUGGUGGCGGAAGCGGUGGAGGCUGCGCCGAAUAACAGCAAGGUGAGGUAUGUGAUAAAGAUAAAGGCCGGAGUUUACAGAGAGAUCGUUAGGGUUCCGUCGAAAAAGAAGAUGUUAAUGCUCGUCGGAGAUGGCCGCUUAAAUACGAUCAUCACCGGAAAUUUGAGCGUCGGCGGUACACCAAACAUGAGCACCUUCAAUUCUGCAACAGUUGUCGUGACGGGCGACCACUUCCUGGCUCGAGACAUCACGUUCGAGAACACGGCCGGUCCAGCGAACGCCCAGGCCGUGGCCAUACGGUUAGGUGCCGACCACUCCGCCUUCUACCGUUGCGGCUUCUCGGCCUAUCAGGACACUCUCUACGUCCACUCCAAACGACAGUUCUUCCGCAACUGCUUCGUGGCCGGCACGGUCGACUUCAUCUUCGGAAACUCGGCCGUCGUCCUCCAGAACUGCGACAUCGACGCGCGCAUACCUGGCCGAGGUAAACAGAACAUGGUCACGGCCCAAGGUCGGACCGACAAGAACCAGGACACAGGGAUCGUUAUCCAGAACUGUCGGAUCAAUGCCACGUCGGAUCUCUGGCCCGUGAUGGAUGAGUACCCAUCGUAUCUGGGCCGUCCGUGGCAGGAAUACUCACGGACGGUCGUGAUGCAAUCUUCCAUAUCGGAGGUGAUCAAUCCCAAAGGCUGGCGCCCGUGGAACUCGAGUAACUUCUAUUUGGACACUCUCACUUAUAGAGAGUAUUCGAACAGAGGACCAGGGGCAAACACGAAAUAUAGGGUUAAGUGGAAGGGCUUUAAGGUAAUUACAGAUCCCAAGGAGGCUGAGCCGUACACCGCCGACGAGUUCAUCGACGGAAGUAGCUGGGUACCGGAAACCGGUUUUCCUUAUCAACCCGGUCUCUGAUCGAUGAUACUAUACCUAUACAUACAUGCAACGAUAUAUAUAUAUAUAUAUAUAUAUAUUUGUCCUAUAUAUUGUGUGGUGAUGGUGUUGUGAGUAGUUCAAUAUCUCCAUAUGUUUGUUCGAGGGAGCUUGAGACCUCGUUGUCUUGGUAAUAAAUAAAAAGCUUGUGUCGUUUCCUUUU